AUGGAUGAAAAAAUGGACCACAUAUCCAGUUUACCAGAAACCAUACUUCAUGACAUUCUCUCAAGAUUGCCAAAGAAAGAUGCUAUCAAAACUAGUGUUUUGUCCAAGACAUGGAGAGAAAUAUUGUAUACCUUUCCCAUUUUGUCUAUUUGUAAUCGAGAAUCUAUUAGGAGGUCUUCCAAGAGGAAGAAAGAUCAACAAAUUAAGACAUUCCUUGAUUAUGGCAAGCAAAGAUUGCUGAGGUUCAGUGACCCAGGCUUAGCAAUCAAAGAAUUCAAGCUCAAGCUUAGUUUAACCUGCUAUGACCUUCAGCUUAUAUACCCUGAUGUUGAUCAGUGGCUUAAGUUAGCCAGUGAAUGUGAUCUCCAGACCCUAAAGCUUUGCCUGCCUACUUUAAAAGAGGAUGAUCCGUGCCUAUGUUAUAUCUUGCAUCCAGGUGUCAUUGAAGCAAGAUCACUUAAUAAGUUAGUGCUGAAGGGGAGAAUCAGAUUUGACAAAGAAUUCCUGAAUCCUUCAUUCAAGUUUUCCUCACUGUGUGUAUUAUCCUUGAGCUAUGUUCUUUUUGAUGAUGAAGGUGCUAUCGAGCAUGUUAUUUCUCAUUGUCCUUUAAUUGAGCAUAUAACCUUGAAAUGGUGUUAUGUACACAACCCCCAAGGUGCCGGAGAUAUGCGAAUUUCUUUUAUGAAAUCAGUAAGCAUGCAUGGUCUACAAAAUCUCAAGGGAGUUGAUAUUCAGGGAGUACAAAAAGUUUAUAUUGAUGCUCCAAAUAUUGAGAAAAUAUAUUAUGGUGCUGGCAGUUAUGAGCCCUCCAAGAUGAAUUUUGAUAGUUGUGGAAAUUUGAGAGCUUUGACCUUAAUGAAUAUGAAGAUUGAAUUUCUUUUUACAUAUAUAUGGUUUCUUCAUCUAUCUUCCAAAUUUCCUUUCCUUGAGAGUUUGGAAUUGGAUGAAUGCUCCAUGUAUGAGAACAUUAAUAUUUCAAGUUCUCAACUCAAGGCUUUGAUGUUAUCUAAUUGCUCUACCAUGCAUAAGCUUGAAAUUGACACUCCAAAUCUAUCAUCAUUUCGAUACUAUUAUGCUGGUGAUGACUUACCUUCCAUAUCUUUUAUAAGCUGUUCUAAUCAACUGGAAGUAAAUGUUCGGCUCAAUAUGACUCAUCCACGUCUUUACCAGUUGGGGAAAUUUGUCGAACAAUUUAAACCACAAAAGUUAUUGACAUCACUCUCCCUCUCCAUCCAUCCCUGCAUCCCUUCUGAUGAGAGUUUUUAUGAUGAUCAAUAUCGUUAUUGGGAAGACCCAUAUUCAUUGCCACCUACAUUGCCUGUGCCAAGCAUCAAACACUUGGUCAUUCUCUCUGUUCGGGAAGAUAAAUCUAAGUAUUCACUUCUAGUGAAUCGUUUGUUCUAUGGUUGGUGCCCAGAAACUAUUUCAUUGAGCUUGAACCCGUCUUAUUGCACCGAAGCAUUCAUUGAGUUUUUUUACUGGUGGCUACUCGAAACCAAAAAGCCAAAGGGCAAGUUUUGCUCCUAUUGUUAUUCCAAGUCUAAGUGUUGGUUGCAUGGCUUGAAGGAUGUCAAGGUCACAAGCUCAGUCAAGAAUGAUGUGAAUGUUGUUGAUUUCGUUCAUCUCAAAUCUCUCUUAUGUGGAUUGUCAAGUUCUGAUAAUGCAAAUAUUAGUUUUAGUUUAAAGUAG